GCUAUCAUCCCCAGCGCUUACGUCCUCUCUUCUCUGUCUCUAUUUCCUGUCCGCCUGUCCUGCUCCUUCUCUUGCUCUUCGCUCUCAAUUAUGCAAAAUCGUCCUUGCGCGAGUGGAGCCGCGUUUUCGGAAGGUGUACUGAGAUCUGCGGGGAGAGAGAAAGAGGAGAGAGAGGAGAGAUAGAGAGAGAGAGAGAGAGACACUGUCUUCCGCGGCACAGCGCGCGAAUGCUUUCAGGACGCUUCUGAAAGCAUUUAGCCGAAUCAAGAUUCUCAGUUAGGGAGAAGUCAAGAAUGCCCCGAGUAGAAUUCGGGAUCUUCGAGUGAAUCCCUUGGCUCGGAUCGUCGAGUCGCGAAUUUGUUCGCGUAGAGCCGCGGAUUCGCUCGCCCGACUUGUUAAUUCACGCCGUGAAUGCGCCUCGAGUUUAUUGCUCUCAAUAGGCUAUAAAUAUUUCAACAUUUAGAUAUCUACUAAAAUAACGUUUAACCUUUUGGAACAAACCGUGAUUUCAACCAUAUCGUAGCCUCAGGCAUAGUGAUCUCGCAACGAAACCAACGCUCAGCCUGUGCAUAGUGUGAUGCACUCUAUUGGUUUUUUGCGUUACUCGUAUUCGCUCAGUUUGCGCGUUCUGUAAAAAAAAGCAAAAUAAAAAAAAAUUAAUUUUAAAAGGAAUGACUUCUCGGGUUGCCACUCUCGACAUGUAACAUGAAUAUUUUAUUGGGAUCCGAAUUUCGAAGGUCCCGUGCCUCAACGGGUUAAGGAUCGCACACACGCCAACCAAGCGUAGACGGUUGCACGUUAAUCGUGAAUUAUUCUCAAGUGCUUCGCACGUUCAGUAUUGCUCGCAAUGAUGUUUCACUCGAGCAAUUUUAUUUCGCGCGUUACAUACACUAUAAAAGCGUGUGCAAUCGUAGUUGCGUAACCCACGGCGCGUCGCGGUAUCCUUUCGCCUCUCGUGGCUUCCAUACUGGUUUCUUCAUCGGGGCCCACGUCCCUUUGUGCGCGGACGUGUCCGGAUUCGCGAGAACACCGAGGCGGCAAUUUUCUCGAAGCGCCGUCUCGCCGCGGAAACAACUGUCGACCGCGAACGGAACGAACAACAGCUACGAGACGCGAACGGCACAACGCGAGUACAUGAUAAAUCCACGAUCUUACAUUAUCCCGGCAUUAACUCUCGUCGAACAUUGCGCGUUCAGUCGCGCGAUUUGUGGGCCGUAAACCGAGUCUCCCGAUAUCCCCCAAGGUCCAAGAGAACUCAGCCUCGCGUUGGCAGCAAUCUGGAACAGCCUGUACAUUUGGCCGCCCUAAUUAUAAGCAUUCGAUAUUGUAAAAUUGAUUAUACUCAAGGCGUGGCAUCGGAGAUUUUAUCCACUAUUAAUUUUCUACUAUGUAAUCGGGCGAGAGAAAGGGAGAGCGGGGAACAGGUGUGGUCGCUCCAGCUUAAUCGAAACUGCUAUUAAUUAGCAAAUAUUACUAAAUAUAUCUGCGGAACCUUUGCGCUGAUAUACAUCGGAAAAUUUGUUCGUCUUUGGGAAAAUUUACUCCACGACCAGGUAAUGAAAAUUAAUGAAACACAAAGCCAAUUGUUCCAAUCCCUCUAUGCUACCUGACAGUUAAAUCAUAUGUCCAUCUUCGUGUUUUCUUCAAAUUAGACAAAGACAAAUAUAUGAUUUAACUAUUAGAUAGCUUACCAAUAAGUUGGAACAACUAGCCGACAAUCGUGUGCUGUUCACGCGGUUCUUUUGUCAAAAACCCGAAUGAAGUUAACUUUAACAUUGCGUUAAACAAUAUUAGCCUGUUGCCUGUUUUUUCUGACUUAAGGUUUAAGGUCUGACUCAGAAAGAGAUAAAAAAGGAGAAACAGGAAGCAAAGAGCACAUUUUAGAUCAAGCUUAAAGCCUAAUCUACAAUAUGCUCCUCGCUUCCUGUUUCUUAUUCUUUAUUUUCUUCUAACUAAAAGAUUAAGAUUUAAAUCAGAAAGAGAUAAACAGAAAGAAACAUAAAGCAAAGAGCACAUUGUAGAUCAAACUUUAAACCAGAAGGAAAUAAAGAACCAAAAACAGAAAGCAAAAAGCACACUGUAAAUCAGGCUUAACAAUGUUGACUCAUGUAUUGAAAGUAACACUUUGAAUAUUAUUAUUUCCAAUAAUCUCUCUUUCCUCUCGAUGAGAUAUGUCAAAUUUCACGGUCUCUAUACAUUUAUCUGUUCUUCUCCACUAUUGGGAAGAACUCACACCUUAGCAGAAAACAGAAAGAAACCGAUCAGAACUCACACUGGUGAUUAGGUGGUAAGGUAAACGUCCUAGUGAUUGAACGUGUACCGAUAAUUGAAUUACUAAUAAUAUACUUGUGUUUGUUAAGAUGCUUAUCAAUAAAUGAAACAAAAUCACAAAGUAACUAAAUAUUUCUUUUCAUUUAUUAUGUUGUUUUGUAUAUUAAAAAGCAUUUCAACAAAGAAUAAUACAAAACCAAUAUGUCAAUCAUUGGGAAAUGUAUGUUCGACCACUGGAACGUUUACCUUAGUAGAUAGUUUCUGCUUUCUUAUCAGCGUGAGUUCCGAUUUACAAUGUGUUCCUUGCUUUCAGUUUCUUGUUCUGUCUUUUUCUGACUUAAAGUUUAGAAUCUGUAUCGGUAACAGAUAAAGAGAUCGGAACAGGAAUCAAAGAACAUAUUGUAGAUCGAAGUUCACGAUCACACUUGGUCCUGUCGGGCGAUUGAAAAGACACUCGCGCUAAUUCCGAGAGAGUCGCGACUGAGCACCACUGCGCAGGACUCCUUGGGCGCGCGCGUACGAUACGCCAUGCGCCAGUCUUUUACCGGAGCGAAGGGCAGAGCAGCGAAACUGCAAACCGGCGGUAUAUCGGCACACAUUCUAUUCCGUCUGCGCGAUGCGCGACGCGUGUGCAUUCACACGUACACGCAAGCCAGCGUGCAUACAAUACGCACACGGGCGAAACCACACACACACACACACACACACACACACACACACUCGCGCUCUCGCAACCACUCGCAUAGUACGCGCGGAUGCCGCGCUCACAGGGUGCGCUGCUUCCCCUUCGAACUCCUAACCUAACCUACCUACCCCUACCCCGUGGCGGUAUCCCUUCAGUCGGCAAUCCUUACCCCCUCCACUUUCCCUCCCCCUCCCCAGUCGCCGUCCCACCGUCGCGUCGUAUGGGCAGCGAGCGUGCAGCUGCCACACUGAGCCGGAGUGCGCGAAGCCGAGAGAAACGCGAGACGCGCAUCGACGCCGUUCCUGUCUGUCUAUCUGUCUGGCUGCUGGCCGGCCGGUCUGUCGUCGCACGUACCAACUAACCUAAAAGUUGCUUCUCGGCAGCCUGACGCCGGCGGCGUGAUCGCAGCACGCAACGUACGCGCCCUUCUCGUGGUACACGAGACAGAGUGAGAGAAAGAGAAGGAGGCAGGGAGGGAGGGAAAGAGAGAGAGACAACGAUCCUUUGUUUCUCGACGUUCUUGCGGCCUCCCGCCGGCACAGAGUCGCGGUGCGAGAUCGGCCAGCUUCUCUUUCUGUCUCACAGUUUUCGCAGGCGUACGUGAGGUUACACGCGCCACGGACAGCCAACGACGCCCGUCUGCUGGUUCACUUGUGCAUUGUCUACGCGUGCCACUUAUUCUACGGUGACCUUGAACUUGUGUGCGUCGCCGCGCGUGCAAGUGUAUGUGUGGUGUGUACUGCCUGUGCUCAUUCCAUCAACGACCGCGCGCGCGCGCGCUUUCAUCUGUCCUCUCUCUCUCUCUCUCCCUCUCUCGUCGGAGACGGCAACGGAGGGUGAGAAUCGAACACGCUGAGAGGGAGACAGACUGGAGAUAAACGACGAGGAAGAGGAAACCGGAGCUGGUGACAGGGAAGUGGACGAGGAGGAGGAGGAGGAGAACGUCAGGCAGCCGAAAGUGAACGCGAUCGAGGAUGUUCCCGUACGCAACCUUCCCAGUUGGCGCCGGCAUGGAGGCAGCAAACGGCGCGAUCGAGCACGACUUCCACAACACGUUGAUGCCGAUAAACGGUAGCCACUCGGGCAGCUCUGGCAGGAGUACGCCGAACGGCGGCGACCCGGCACCGGGGAAGCUCUUCGUGGGCGGCCUCUCUUGGCAGACCAGCAGCGAGAAAUUGAAGGAGUACUUCGGCAUGUUCGGCACCGUCACCGACGUCCUCAUCAUGAAGGAUCCGGUUACGCAGCGUAGCCGCGGUUUCGGCUUCAUCACGUUCGCCGAGCCCGGCAGUGUCGACAAAGUCCUCAAGUGUCCCAUCCACACCCUGGAUGGCAAGAAGAUCGAUCCGAAGCACGCCACCCCGAAAAACCGCGCGAAACAGGCCAAUCGCACCAAGAAGAUCUUCGUAGGUGGUGUCAGCCAGGACACCAGCAGCGACGAGGUGAAGGCCUACUUCAAUCAGUUCGGCAAAGUGGAGGAGACGGUGAUGCUGAUGGAUCAGCAGACGAAGCGCCAUCGCGGCUUCGGCUUCGUCACGUUCGAGAACGAGGACGUGGUGGACCGGGUCUGCGAGAUACACUUCCACACAAUCAAGAACAAGAAGGUCGAGUGCAAGAAGGCGCAGCCGAAGGAGGCGGUGCAGCCCUCGGCGCUCGCCCUCGGCAAGAGGGUAGUGCUGGGCGCGCUCGGCGUGCGGCUCGCGCCGCAGCCGCCGUUGCCGGUCGCGGCGGCCUCGCAGAUCGUAGCCGCGCAGGCUCAGGCCCAGGUGCAGGCGGCCGCGGCCGCGGCGGCGGCGGCGCAGGUGCAGAACGCGGUGGCCGGCUACAGCAAGCUGUUCGCCGGCGGUUAUCCGGCGCUCUCGGCGUAUCGAUACGCGCCGUAUCCGAUACCGGCGGCGGCGGUCGCCGCCGCCGCCGCCGCGGGGCCGACACCCGCACCGGCACCACCCGCCGCCGCCGCGGCGGCCGCGGCCGCGGCGGCGGCGUCCCCCGCGGCUGCCGCAGCGCCCGGCAAUCCUUAUCAAGGCUACUCGCUCACCAACGUCGACAUGUCGAGCUUCCAAGGCGUCGACUGGGGCUCCGUCUACGGGAUGGGGAUGUACGUUUAAGGGGGCAUCGUCGACGACGAGUCGGCGACGACUCUUGGAGAUCCGUGCAUACGCAUAGAUAGAUAGAUAUAUAUAUAUAGAAAUAUAUAUAUAUACACACACAUGUACACACACGAUACGACAGGGAUGUCGAGGUCCGAGAAUGUGAUCGCGACGACGAAAGGGAAAGAGAAACAGAGAAAGAGCCAAGCAUAGUCAGAGAGAGAAAGAGAGAGAACGUUGCGAGUUUUUUUCGAUUUCACAGGGAAGAACUGCCGGUAGGGGGCAGUGGAAGAACUACGUGGUAAGCUCACACGAGGCAGACAUCUCUUCGUUGAUGUUUUCGAGUAUCCUUUUACCCUGUAUUCGUCUCGUCUCGUUACCAAGGAGCCACGUUACCACCAACGGCAACCGGAUCCCCGAUACAUUUUCGUCAUCGAGUGGGAUCGUCGACGGGACGAUGCGUGUGUCACGAGAGAAGAAGAAGAAGGAAGAGGAGGGAAAGAAGGGGAAUGAGAUAAAGAUAGAAAUAGGAUGAUUAGAGAAAAAGAGAGAAAUAAAGAACGAUCUUCGACAUGCGAAGAGGAACGGCGGGAGCAGCGCGCGAAGAGAGGCCAGCGGCUCUAAGAAGAAGAAGAAGAAGAGGUCGUCGGUGUGAUUGCAUUCAGACGCGACACGUGUAUCCGAGGGUCACCCUUGAUGGACAUAUCGAGCGGACACGUAUUUCUUGCGUUCGGAUCCUCUAUGUCAUGCGUUACUUAAUUUAUAUUCGCGGGCGCCACGCAUGCCUAGACAAGGCAGACACAUUGUUGUACACGUAACAGUUGUAUACCAUUGAUGAAUGUUCUCCACGAGUCCCGUCAUCUUUCGCCUUCGCGGCGACUCGUGCCUUUGUUUUCCCUUUUUCUUCUUUUCUCUUGUUUUUUUUUUUCUUUCCAUUUUUUCUUUGAUUUAACAAAUUUGUACCGUGUUUCAGCACAUCCUUGGUUCCUACUUAGAUUAACGCGUAUAAUAGUAUCACGCAUUAGAGUCGGAAUAAAUACAUACACAUACACACACGAAGAGAGAGAGAGAGAGAGAGAGAGAGAGAGAGAGAGAGAGAGAGAGAGAUGCGCAUGCUUCACCUCCAACGUUGCCGCGCCCAACGUUAAUCACCGAUUAAUUAGCAUAAUCCAUUAGCGGCGGCGCUCGUUUCGCGAUAUGUUGGCCGGCUGGCCACUUCUUCUCGUCGUUCCCGGCCAUGGCCGCGUUUCCUCGGCCACGAAGCAAUAAAAGUGGGAACGUCGCGGAAAAGGGCGUCGAUGACACGGGAAUGACACUUGGCCACGCGAAGCCCGAGAGCGCGCGUGCGCUCGAUCAUUUUCCCCCGCUUCCUUUCUUCUCACCCCCCUCGUUAUAGGGUAAAAAGCAGCCGAUUACUGAUCCUCCUUAGUCAUCAACACUCUGGAAAGGUCUGGUUUCUCUUGCGAUCAGUCGCAAAGUUCCCAUGACAUUAUGAGGCAAGUCGUUAAAGCCAACAAGUUUGCAAUGCUGGGACCGCACGAGAAAUCAGGUUUGUUCUAGAAUUUUAUGGAAUGUUAGUGAUGCGUUAUGCUUUUCACACAUUUUCAAGAAUAAUCAACUGGUUGGUUAACUUGCCUACGGCAUAUGACGAAUAGUUUAUUGUAGGAGAUCCAUUAAUGACUAAGGGGAUGAUAAUCGGUUAGCUUACUCCGCCUGUAUUUUUUCUUCGUGGUAUUCAUUCUCCCCGAACACGAUCGAGGUCGGUUCUUUAUAGCUGCGCCGAGUCUUGCACUAAAAAUGAAGAAGACGCGUUAUACUUGACACUUGGUGAAAGAGAGAAGUAAUUGGAGAACACCACAGUUCUAAAAAUGCAGCUUUUCACACAUUUUCAAGAAUAAUCAACUUGUUGGUUAAUUUGCCUACGGCAUAUGACGAAUAGUUUAUUGUAGGAAGUCCAUUAAUGACUACGGGGAUGAUAAUCGAUUAGCUUACUCCGCCUGUAUCUUUUUUUCGUGGUAUUCAUCCUCCCCGAACACGAUCGAGAUCGGUUUUUUCAUAGCUGCGCUGAGUCUUGCGCUAAAGAUGAAGAAGACGCGUUAUACUUGACACUUGAUGAAAGAGAGAAGUAAUUGAAGAACACCAGAGUUCUGAAAAUGCAGCUGUAGAGAACCACCCCGUAUGGUGUGGCUCCCGGUAGAACGAGCGGAAGCGCCGCACGCGAUGACAACGAGGAAAACCGCGAAUCGCGACGCGAAAAGAGACCAACUGCACUGGGAAGACUCAGAACUCGGGUCAGCCGCGAGUCACCAAGUGCCAAACGAGAUCGAAGGGAGAUCACACGCUUCGAACAGCCAAAUGUUUCAUUUUCUGUUCCCCUAGUAACACACAAGCUCCAAGCUUCCCCUCCGACUCGCGUUUCUUCUGGAUUCCGACAGUGACGAUGAUGACGACAACGACGACGACUCGACCACUCGACGACGUUAUAAGAUUAAUUCUUGCGUGGCUCGCACUCUUCACACUUUCACACUUGGCGUAUACUUGGCGUGCACUUGGAACUUUCGAAAGUAAUGCCACGACAAGUAAUGCCUGUAAAACACUGGUUGUUACUGGUAUAUACACUCGUAACACGAGAGCAGCGGCUACGAUUCAGUUCCCAACAACUCAAGCGAAUCAGUGCACGCUAAUUCUAGUGAAAGCGCGAAAAGUGCGAGCAGCGCGGACACACACCGUUCGGUCCUCCUCGUCGCGUCGCGACCAGAUGCUUCCGCUCGUCAUUCUCUCGCGUCUCUCGCCUCUCCGGAGGCAACAGGUCAAUCCACGCGUUACACUUCGACUCGUAUGCGCGGCAUCCGCGUGCGUUUAAGGCUCUCUCGAUAUUGCGAGCGUGUUCUGAGCGAUAUUGCGUGAGCGAACCACGGGACACGUAUAACCAUGAUACGUACGUGACCGACGUAUUGUAUAAUGCGUAUAAGAUAUCAGAACGUAUAUAAUAUAUGUAAACACACACAUACGUGCGUAUACAUAUAAUAUAUGUAAACACACACUCUCCCACAACACAACACAUACACAUAUAUAUAUAUACAUAUACAUAUAUUUUUCUUCAAAUAAUCGAAGACAAUAUUUCUCCGCUCUCCAUCGCGUUAAAUAAGACUUCAGCGACCCGCUGCGUGGGCGCCAAUACGCGGCCACGUCGUCGGGGCUGCGCGUAGCUGUUAAGGGAUUCGCAUUGUACGUAAGGAAACAAUUACACGGCAGCAUUAACCGCGCGAUAUUGCGCGCGCACUUAAUGAGCAAAAACGAGCGAUUUAAUUUUAUAUUAGUGAUUAUUUGAUAACGAUUGUCUGAUAAUAAUUUAACGAGCCCCUAAGAGAAUAGACGAAAAGAGAGAAAGGAAGAAGGAAGGAAAGAAAGAAAGAAAGAUGGAUAGAUGGUUCGGUCGUCUUACUUAAGCGAAUGACAUUAUUAGCCGUACACACUCACACGAAUAUAUAUAUAUAUAUAUAUGCAUACAUAUACAGCGGGGAGAGAGAGAGAUGUAUAUAUCGCGUAAUAUUGUGUACGAUAUGCGUGAAGAAAAAAAUGCAUAUUUUAAAUAAUAUUGCGCUAUAUAUUAUAUACAUACAUAUUUAUAAGCGAAUAACUUAACUAUAAGCGAAUGGUUACACAUACACACAUACGUUUGCAUAGAAGGAGAAAACUACUUAAGGGGAAGAGAUACUUAAGGAAUACUUUAGAGAGAGUAAAAUACUUACUAAUGCAUCAUUACAUAUAAGUAUACUUAAGGUUACUUUGUGACUGCGUCAAGACGGUAAACCCGUUUGUUUGAAUUAGCUCAGCGAAACUCAAGAGAUAGAUACCUAGAUUCUUAAGUUCUAAGAUUAUCUGCGUAGAGGGAACUUGUGAGACGGAUGUUUCAAUUUAUACGUGGAGAAAGAGAGAACGCCCCGCCGACGAUCGA